AUGGCGCGCACAACGAGUCAAGCAUACAGGCACUUUAGGUCCGCCCUAGCCUUGUGGCCCAAGGAUAACCUCCGCCCCGAGACCCAGUUCAGCGAGAUCAUCCAGAGAGGCAUCGAGAGGAGAUACACCAAGCCCAAUGUCGUCGACGAGGCCAAGGAGCUGAAGCAGGCGAAUGCGCUGUACGCCCUCGCCGACGAUCGCUUCAAGAAGAGAUUCCCCCUCAAUGGUGACCUUUUGAAACCCGAAAGUCAGCCGACAUACUUUGAAGACCUGUUGAGAGAGCUCGAGGAGGCACCGACGCGAGGAUGGUUGCAAAACAUGUCCAAGAAGCUGUCCGGCAUGUUCAGACUUCAAUGA